UUCUUUUUUUAACUCCGCCAGCCACCAUCACAGUCGCACAUUAAAAAUAAAAACGCAAAGAAGAACAACUGAAGAAGGAACGAGAGAGAGAGAGAGAGAGCGGUAAGGAUCCCGAUUUACCCGCCAAUACUUGUUGGAAAAUAUAUUUGGACUCUUCAUCUAGAGUUAGAUUGUUCGGCUGGGGGUUUAUCAUGAAUUUGUAGAUUAUCUCAUCAAUGGAGACUCGCAACCUUGCACACACUUGUUCUUCGAUACCACCACCAGACAUUCCCAUCAAUUCACAACAGCACAAUCAACUCAUCGCAGGGCCCUAUCAUCAUCUCCUCUCUGCCAAUGGCGAAGCAGUUGGUCACAUUUAUUCUAAUGAUUUCCCUAACGCUGCUUCUUCCAUGGUCUCUCAUGAGAUGUUAGACUGGGAUGAUCAUGCUGACCUUCUUGAUUUGGGAGUAGUGGAGGAGGAUGACGAAUUGAUUACUAAUGAGAAUCCUAUCAUGUCUCCUUUCUGGAACGAUGUUUUCCUUGUCGCAAGUUCAACCUCAGCUCCCAAGGUCCAUGAAUCAACUAUGCAAUCUCAGAUUCAACAACCCCAAGUUCCCCUGCAGCAUCCUUCUCCUUGUGUUGAAUUGCCACCUCUUGUUAGGACAGUAUCCUCAAACAGCAACGACAACACCAAUUCCACCAGUGCUGCAGCUAAGGGACGUAUGCGUUGGACCCCAGAACUUCAUGAAGCUUUUGUUGAGGCUGUUAACCACCUUGGUGGCAUGAACAACGCAAAACCUAAGGCCGUGCUGAAGCAUAUGAAAGUCCAAGGCUUGACUAUUUAUCAUGUCAAAAGUCAUUUGCAGAAAUAUAGGACAGCUAGAUAUGUAUCAGAACCAUCAGAAGGCUCGCAAGAGACGAAGUUGACACCGCUGGAGCAUGUUACAUCUCUUGAUACGAAACGUGGGAUAGAUAUAAAUGAGGCGCUGCGAAUUCAGAUGGAAGUUCAGAAGCAACUUCAUGAGCAGCUCGAGGUUCAAAGAAAGAUGCAACUUCGGAUAGAAGAACAGGGAAAGGUCCUGCUCAUGAUGUUUGAAAAGCAAAAUAUGGAUUUUUGCAAACCGGAACAAGAAGACAAAGCAAGUGAGAAGACGCCUGAAAGCUGUUCAGAGGAGGCAGAUUCUCCACGACCAAAGCGUCCGAGAAACGAUGAAUGAAAGGAGAGGUUUCUUGGGAUGACAUAUCUAUAAAAGUGAAAACGGUGUGUUGGUGAAGGAGUAGAGUUUGACUUAUUAGAGUAGGAGCUUUCUGUCUUCUUAGGGGGCCUUUUUCUCUCUGUUUUCCUUCUUCUCUUUACUAAAACUAUUAUUUUCUGAUUCUCAGCUCACUAGGAAUAAACAGAAAUAAAGAGCAAUGAAUUUUGUAGAUUUUUUCCUAUCUCUGGGAUGUAAUCUGAAUGCUAAUUCUAGA